UUCUUCAGACACAUUCUCUCUUUCUGCAGCUGCAGACAUCAGCUCCGCGAUGCUCGCGUUCAUGUGGAUUACAGGGCUGCUGUGGAGCGCCGCGAGCGCUGACGCGAGGAAACCCGCCGACGAGUUCUUCAGCGCGAGCGUGUUCCGCGCGAGGUGCGCGUCGCGAUGCCUCAGCCUGCACAUCACGCGCAUUUCUGCCGCUUUCAAACAUUUCCAGAGCAAUGGAUCAUUGGUUUGGUGUCAGAAUCACAAGCAGUGUUCAAAGUGUCUGGAGCCAUGCAGGGCAUCAUGGGACCUGAAGGAGAACCAGUGUCAGGACUUGUGUGAGACUCAGUUCCCGAAGAAGCACUACGAGUGUUUGACGAGCUGUGAGUUCCUGCGCUCCGUCCAGACGCUGAAGCCGGGGGACUGUCCCGCUCCGGAGCGAGCGAGUGGAUUCGCCGCUGCGUGUGUGGAGAGCUGUGAAGCAGACGCCGAGUGCACGGCUCUGAAGAAGUGCUGUCCGAACGGAUGCGGACACACCUGCCAGAUCCCCAAGAACCCUUAUAAAGGAUCUCCUCUGAAGCCACGGAAGGAGCUGCUGUUUGUGGAGCAUGCGUCAGGACUGCUGGAGGUUCGCUGGUCGUCCCGCUUUAACGUCUCGGUGGAGCCGGUGCUUUACGUGCUGCAGCGCCGCUGGAACCUGGGCAUCCAUCCCAGCGAAGACGACGCUACGCCGUGGCAGGACAUCGCACAGGUUGCUGUAGAGCGUGCGCUGCUGAGCGAUGUGCGGCCGAGCAGGUGGUAUCAGUUCCGUGUGGCAGCGGUGAACGUUCACGGCACGCGUGGCUUCACGUCUCCCAGCAAACACUUCCGCUCUUCCAGAGACCCGUCUCCUCCUCCAGCUCCGUCUGGACUGAGUGUGUCUAACAUCACAGAGGGACCUGACGGUCUGCUGACGGUCCGCAUCAGCUGGACUCUCCUCACAGAGCCUGACCUCCCCGUCCAUCACUACAAGAUCUACUGGAGCUGGACGAUCCCGGGGAAAUCUCUCGCCCCGUCCCGGAGGAAGAGGAGGAAGACCAGCGACGGGGCCAGAAGCUGGGUGGAUCUGGACGGUCUUCAGGUCAACAGCAGCUACAGUGUGCAGGUCCAGGCCGUCUCUUACUGGGGUCAGAUCCGGCUGAAGAGCAGCAAAGCCUCCGUCCAGUUCAGCACACACCUCCACAAGCAGACAAAGGCUGUAUCUAAGCUGAGGAGACUGGACACUGAUCUGGGUUUGGUGUCGAUGAAGAGAGCCGCUGGAGCUCUGGAGGUCGGCACACCGUAUUAUCAGGACACACAGCUACAGGUCCGCAUCUACUGGAAGAAGAGAGGAGAUGCUGCUGUGAACCGCUAUCACGUUCAGUGGAUGCCGGAGUACUGCAGUCACAACCGAAGCGGAGCGCCGCAGAAAUCUCUGACUCAGGAGAACUUCAUCAAUCUCCCCGGUCUGCUGUUCUCCUGUAAGUACAGGGUCACCGUUCACACGCUCAGCGCUAAACGACGCUCUAAAGACCAGAGCGUCAGCUUCCUGACCCCAUCCUGUGCGACUCUCCAGAGCAAGAGCACCAAACCCAUCGCCUGUCCCGGAGACACACCGCCGCCGAAGGUUUUAGUGAAGCCUGAGAAUCUGACGGCGUCCUUCAGCUUCGGUGACGGUAACGUGACGGCUCGUUUCCUCUGGAGCGUGUCGCGAGCGCAGCCGCUUCGCCCCGUCACGGGCUUCCAGGUCACAUGGGCGGAGGUUUCCAGCGCGAGCCGCCCCAACAGCCUUCCCAACAGCAUCAUCUCCCAGUCUCAGAUCCUGCCACCUGAUCGUAACCUUCUGGUGGUGCACAACCUCCGGCCGGCCACUUUCUACAGAUUAGAGGUUCAGGUGAUAACCUCGGCGGGAGAAGGACCUGUGACAAAGAAGAUCUUCCAGACGCCGCUCCAGCAAAAAGCUCAUCUUCAUCCUCAUCAUCAUCAGCAGCAGCAUCAGAAGUCUUCAGCUGAGAAACACUGAAAUGAUCAGAAGACACAACACAGCGUGCAGCUAAUCGCAGCUUUCGUCAGACACGAAACCACAGAUAUUCAACGCCUCACCCUCGUUCUCUACUCACACUCUCCGAGUUUCAUUGCAACAACCUGGAACUCUCGAGCAACAGCAGUGUUUUAUGUGUGAAUUUACACCAUUUCAGAAAGUUAAUGUCUACGGCUGAGGUAAAUCUUGGCAAUUUAGUCAUACUACAGUCAAAAGUUUACACCCCACUUUCAGAAUCUGCAAAAUGUUAAUUGCUUUACCAAAAUAAGAGGGAUCAUACAAAAUGCAUGUUAUUGUUUUUUUAUUACUGCCCUGAAUAAGAUAUUUCACAUAAAAGAUGUUUACAUGUAGUCCUCCAGAGAAAAUAAUAGUUGAACUCGACCUUUAAAUUCAAAAAGUUUUCACCCCCCCAGCUCUUAAUGCAUGGUUUUUCCUCUUAAAAUUAUACAGUCAUUGAUGGAAAGGGUUCAUAGGAUUUUUCUAAAGAACAGCAGGCAGUUUAACGGUUCAGAUUAAACAAGGGACUCAUGAACAACUAUCACUAAACCACAAACACACAGCUGUGGAUCAUUCAGCUAACAACACAGUAUUAAGGGGAUGAAAACUUUUGAACGGGUCUUUUUUUUCUCUUUAGUGGACUAUAUGUAAACAUCUUUUAUGUGAGCUAUCGUAUUCAAGGCAGUACUAAAUAAACAAUAACAUGCAUUUUGUAUGAUCCCUCUUAUUUUGGUAAAAUAUCUAACAUUUUGCAGAUUCUGAAAGGGGGUGUAAACUGUUGACCUCAACCGUAUAUGAAAUCUAGUUACAUUUUAAUGGAAGAAUGGGAGAUUGUGGAGAAACUACAGUGGAUCAGUUUGAAAUCAAAGAACAUUCAGCAUUAACAGAGCAAAGGUGAUCCGAUGAUGCAUGUCAAACCUUCACUUAUUCAGUCAUUAUUUGCUCGCUUUCAUGUCAUUGCAAAAUCAUGUGCUGUUUAUUUGUGAAGAAUCUUAAUGCGGCUCUUUUCCAUUUAGCAUUUCCCAAAAGCAUCAUAAGCCAAACGAGAUUGCAGAGAUCAUUUGUGCCAAUGUUUUUUGACGAUCUACUAAGUCUUAUGAUGCUUUUGGGAAAUGCUAAAUGGAAAAGAACUCAAAACAACAUGAUUAAAUAAUUUCAUUUUUGGUUGAACUCUUCCUUUGAUUGGUCAUAAACGAUCCAUCCAAUUGUUGCAUCUUAUUAAUAUGUUAGCAAUAUUACAUUAAAGAUUAACAGAGUGUUUUGUUUAUUAAUGACUACAUACGCGUGUUUUAUGAUGAAGUGAACUGUAAACUGUUUAUGUUCUUGGCUGUAGAGAUAUUUGUUUGUGGCAGUCAGUGAAUGUUGAUGUUGAUAUUUAUUUAUGUGUGUAUUGCAACGCUUCAUUUGUAUGUGUGUGUGUGUGUGUGCGUGUUUCCCCAUGUUUUAGAAAGGCAUUGUUUUUUUAAAGACAACUUCUUGUAAAGACAUAAUGUAAAAAAGUGAAUUGUACAUAUAGUCAUAUGUUCCAUUAUUUCCUGGAUAGAACCUGUACAUACUUUUAAAUAAUAAAGUAAUCCCUCUACUCCUUCA